AAAUUCUCGAAAAUUUUAGGAUAUAUUGCCAAAAUACGUGUGUUUUAGUGAGUAUAAAUACUUUUAGUUCGUUAAUGAAGAUACAUGAAUGUAUAGAGUCACUGAAAAUUGACACUUUUAAUGAACACAACGCUGAAGUAGUCGAGAAAACUGGGAUAACACUGUACUUCCGGUCAUAAAAUCGACGAAAAUGGGGCCGGUGAAAAAUGGUGUCGUCAAAACCGUCUCAAGGAGCAACGCAAAGACUGCAAAUAAGACGAAUAAUGGCUAUAUAUCUAAACCAACUAUGGAUAAAGCUACCAAGGUCCCGUCGACUGCUAUGGAAGAGGCUCUCCGAGGCUGCUCCCACCGAGGGGGAACUCCCCCUCGGCCGGUCCAGACUCGGGCAGCCCCCAUCGCAUCGAGGGCCGAGGUGGGAAGUUCUAUUUCCAGGGAAAACAACACAUCGGAUGUUAUAGUCAUGCAGCAUGUUAGUCAGACCCAGGGUGAGCAGCCAGCAGUACAAAGGGAUGCUUUGGCACAUAUCAUGGACAUGUUUAGCUCAAUCCAGCAAGGUCAACAGACAAUAAAAUCGUCUAUACAAAAUGUCUAUGACGAAAUAGCGGCUCAAGAAGUCAGACUCAUGCAGCGUAUUGAGGAAAAACUUUCUGUAACGACCGAUGAUAUCAAAAUACAGGUUGAAACGGUACGUAGUGAUCUUCAGUCACAGAUCAAUAAACUUGAAUCAGCCAAUAAUGCAUCAAAUAGUGCCAUAGACAUGUGUGAUAUUGUUAUAAAAAACAUUGAGGAAUCUGAAAAUGAAAAUUGUGAAC